CGAGACUACUUCCAAGAAUAUUCCUCGAAAAAUGAAGCAGUUGAGGCUCUGAUGUUUAUACUUUAUAGAAGUGGUGACAAAAUGUGUGUCAUUUGUCAACUUAUUCCGCUUACAAUGAUAAACAGACAAAAUCAUUGCUGAUGAUUUUGAUUCUCCGUUAGUCCCAAUACAGACAUAUAAUUCAGCAAUGGGUGAAGCACCUGAAAAAUGUUUUGUAGAGUUAAGAAGACUUUCUAACAGUACUGUGAGUAAGAGAUGUUGUAGUUGUCCAAUAAAAUCCAUUGAAAAUGAGUCGAAAAAACUAUAUAAAAAAAGAAUUAAAAGUGACACAGAUGAAUCCGUGGACAUGGUUAAGACAAAACGAAAAUUGUUGGUGAGAUCCAGAGAAAUUUCAGAGGUUGAUGAAAAUGACAUAGAUUCAAGCGUAUUUGAAUUUGAUACAAAUGCUGUAAAUGUUUCUCCUAGGAAAAGAUUACAGUAUCAGCGUAGUUUAAGUCUACCUGACGUUGUCACCAGCAGUAGUCCAAUCUUUAAAGACUUUUCAGAAUCACCAGAUGUUGUUAAGAGAAAGGAGCGGCAGACAUUUUUUUCAGAAUCUAGUGAAAGCAUGGACAAAGCUUCUUGCCUUAAGAGAAAGAAAAUGUACAUUGAAGGACCUGUUGUAUUUAGUAGAUCUAAGUCUGUAACUUUCAAGAAUAAAACUGAAGUUUGUUUAUCAGAUCAAGGGAUCCAAGCUCGGAAAUCAUAUGUAAGAGGACCAUCAAGUGGUUAUGGAACAGGCUCAGAGCAGAGUGUUAGCACUUGCAGUAAUACUUCUCUUAGUACAGAUAUGCCACAUUCUCUUGAGCAAAAGUCAGAUGAUGAAAAUGAUUGUCCGAAAUUAAAAGGACAACAAAUUGAAGAGAAAUGUGCAAAAGGAAACUCAACAGAAGAAGGAUGGGACAGCAAGAUUCCAAUGAUAAGCAUUCUACAACAGAAUAGUAAUGGCAGUAUUUGUUUAAAUUUAGACAUUGCAAACAAGUUACUUCAGUACGGUGACAGAAAGAAUCCGGCCUCCAUUUCUGAUUUAAAUACAAUAUCUCCCCUUUCACAGUUUUGCAAUGAACAGUUAGAGGAAGAAAUGUGUAAAAAGAAAACCCAACCUAGUCCUCAGACAUUCACUCGUAUUCCUUUACAAAAAGAGGAGAGGUUUUUAAAAAAUGAACUUUACAAGUUUCAUUUUGAGAGUGAAAUGUUGAAUUCGAACAAGAAUCCAUGUGAUUUCAUCUUUCCGGAUAUGACCACUCCUUCACCAAGGUACAAUGACUUGAAGCCAGGUAGUGGUACUGAUACAUGUAGUAGAUGCGGAAUAUUUAAUUAUAUGCCAACAAGAUGUUCACAGUCAUAUGAACCACAGACAGCUGAUAUGUUUGGUUAUGGUACUAAUGCCUUUGAAUAUGAUAGUAAAUGUGUGGAUAGUAUAGAAAGAGCCUGUCGAUGUACUGAUACAAGAUGCAAAGAUAUCAGCUGUAAUAUGAUGAAAAAUUUAUUAGAUGGUCUCAAGAAAGUGCUUUGUGAAUACAGAACAACACUUGAUCCCAAUCAUCAGAAGAUUUUGUUUGCUCUAAGAUGUCAUAGUGAAAGAUGCAAUGAAAUCAAAUGUAAAAUGCCAUGGUGUGAAAUACUUUGUUCCAUUGAAGAUUGGAGUAUCAGUAAGGCAAUAACUGAAAUAAGAAAUAGAGAAAGCUCUUUAUUAGAUAGUAAAUCCUCUUACAAGGAAUGUGUGAAGAUUAGUCGAGAUUGCCAAAAGCGUUACAGAAAUAAAUCAAUGAUAAAGGAAGGAGAAGACUGGUAUUAUUUAAUGCACAUCAAUAAAAAAACAAACUUAUUGUUGGCUAAAGAACUACAUGAAACCACAGGGAAUAAUUGGAUAAUAAAGAAGACCAGUCUAAAUGACUAUGAUCAACAGUUGGGGGUAUACAUGAAAUUAAGAGAAUGUAAUUCACCAUAUAUUGUACAGCAUCAUUGGGUUGUCGAGCAUGGGAAUUCUCUGUUGAUAUGCAAUGAGUUCAAGCACAGUGGUUCUCUCAAGGAAAUACUAAUUGAGUCUAAAGCUGAAUACAGAGAAAUUAUAUCAUGGAUGUGUCAAGUUAUUGCUGGUGUUUUACAUUUACAUAAAUAUGAUAUUAUCUUUCUGAAGUGGGCAAGUAAGAAUAUCCUAAUUGGUGAUAACAAUCGUCUACAAAUUUGUGAUUUAUCAUGUUCUGUAUUAACAAAAUUAAGACAAGCAGAAUAUGAUGAAGUCAAGAGAUCUCUUCCGUUAACAAUCUGUCCACCAGAGAUGAUGGAGUCUGUGCCAAAUAUAACAGAGAAAUCGGAUAUUUGGGGUUGUGGGUGUUUGUUAUAUGAGUUGUGUACUACAUAUCCAGUGUUUAAUGAAUUAAGACAUGACAAACCAGAAGAAGUGUGGGAGAAAAUAUUUAAUUCUAAAAUGCCUUCACUGCCAAGAAUCUUCAGAAACUAUCAGCAUAUUUUAGACAAGUGCUGGGUGAGCAAAGUUAACCAAAGAGCAUCUUUAAAUGAUAUUCAAGAUCUAUUUGUUCAUGCUUCCAGGAAAUUUCAACAAGAAAGGGCAGAAUACUGAUUUCAUUAGUUUCUUGUUAGAUAUUAGAAUGUAGAUAGAAUCGGGGAACAAAAUAACUGUUGACAAUUGGUUAGCAGUGCAAAACAAUUUUAAUCAUUCUUGCUAAUCAAAUCAACCAUUGAUUAGCAGUUCUGGACAGUUGAGGUGCAGUUACAAUGUAUCAUGAAUACUCAAGUUUACUUUGUAUUUGCCAUAAUAGUCCAAUUUACAGGACGGUAGCUAUGAUUAUUAAAUUUUGACAGUUACUGUCAUUUUUUUUUUUAUUAUAUUCAUAUUUUGUGCAUAACUUGCAAGUUACUGAUCUCACACGACAUGAAUUGUAUUGUGGAUGGUAUUUUCAACACCAAUCAUUUACGAUCCUUUACGGAUGCUAAACGAAUUCCAACUGAAGACGACAUAAUAUUUCAUUUUGAUGUUACAUUACCUUGCUGUAAUUAUAUGAGUUUAAAUUUACACCUAGUUAAUUAAAAAUGCAUGUAAAUAAAGUGCUAUUCAUUCAUCCUAUUCUAAACAUUCACAAUUCUGUUUAAUUAUGUUUUAUCGUGCAGAAAUUGCCGUGAAUAUGAGACCGAUGGAAGCACGCGAUGUCACAUCAUCAGCUUCCGACUAAUUGCGGAAAACUUGGAACAUUGUUCUAAUCAUUGUAAAAGUUAUCUAACAUCAAAAAUCAUGAAUAUUACGAUCAGAUUAAGCAAUAGAGUGAAGAGUGAAGACACGCGGCAUAGUAAUCCCGUUUUCCAGAUGCAUGACCAAUAUUUCCAUGUAUUUAUUAUGUCUGGAUAAGCGCAACAAAAACAGAGAGACUUCUAAAAUGAAUGAUGUGUUGUAAAAUGUAGAAAAGAAAGGAUAGGUUCACAUUUUAGAGUAACCGUGAAAGGUUUUUUUUAUUGGCAAUUGAUUUUUGAGGCACUAAAUGUUGAAAUAUAAGGUACUAUAUCUGAUAAAAAUGAUACCUAACUUUAUAGAUUCCUAAGUAAAAUUUUGCUAAUCAAUUUUUCCAUUGACUCGCAGUAACAUCGGAAAUGGAUUUCAAAGUGUGAUGCGAACCCGGUUAUUUUGUUCCCUGGAGAGAAUACAAAUAUUCCUUUAUUAAAACGAUGUCUCAUAUUUCCUGAACUAUAUAUGUGAUAAGCUCUGGUUAAAUUAGACAUACAGGCUAAAAUGAGAGAGAAAUAUGGUUUAAUGUACUCUCAACCAGGUCAUUUCAGGACUAACGUAUGCAGGGUCUUUAGUAGUGGGAGGAUGUUAAAGUACCCAGACAAAACCAACACACUCCUUGUCAUGUGCAAAUCCGGGCUUCAACCCAUGACUUACAUAGAUAACAGGCCUUAUGGUCUAAAAAGUAUGCAACCCAAAUUUAGCUUUAAAGUUGUUCUGCACAAAUUUCAGAAAACAGCAAUUGGAAAUUAUUGUGUCACACCUAAAAUAAGGGCUUGUCAUGUGCGUCUCAUUUAGCAAGAGUUGGUGAAGGAAAAUGAAGAAAUCUGUGAUUACUUGCCAUACAUGUAUAAUCUGGUAUGUAGAUAUGUAUGCAUGUAUAUAGUCGUUAUUAUUCUAAUGUUACAAAUAUUAAUGAAAUUUAAGUUUUUGUUUUGUUAUUCAUAUUUCAAUGUUACAAAUAUUAAUGAAAUUUAAGAUUUUGUUAUGUUUUGGGGGGGGUUUUUUGUUGUGAUUUAAAUUUAAGUAAUCUAAUUGCUCAUUCUUAUAUACCGGUACCACUUUUUUAUACACCCACAUUGGAAUGUGCCUGUGGUCAUAUAUUAUCGUCACCCCCCCAUCUGUCCAUCCGUUCCGUCCAUCUGGUGUCUACAAUUGAUUGUGAACGCUCUAGAGAUUAAAGUUAAUGUCCAAUUGGCUUUAUAUUUAUACACAGUAUUUAUGGUCAUGAGACGAAGAAGCCUAUUACUGUCAAAGUUAUGUCCCUAAAUCACAUUGAAGGUUUCACCCGAUGGACUUUAAAUUAAUACAGUCUUUAUUGUAAUGAAACGAAGGGGUAUAUUUAUAAUAGUUUCUUCUAGAGUUAUGGCACUUAAUCACUUUGAAAAAUCUUGUAGACAGUUGACAUUAAAUUUGACAAAAGAAAAAAUAUGUGACAACCCAUGUCACAUGGACUGCUUGGAUAACUAAGCUGCUGUGGGCAUAUGUUUUGUUGCCUGACAAUCUGUCUUUAUAUUUUGUUUACAAGACUAUAAGGGCAUAAUGGUUAGAAGUCCAUGUUUUAAUGCAGCAGUCCCAAAUUUUAUUUAUAUUUGAUAUACUACUGCUCGACCAUAUUCUACAGGAGGCAUUUAGAAUAUAAUGGUCAAGCAGUAGUAUAUAAAAUACGCCGUAAUGUAAUCAGAUUCAGUAAAAGUGAAAUCUAUAGUAAAGAAUUAUAUUUAUUUAUUUGUGCAUGUAAGAAAGGAUUGGGUGACAAAUAAAAUCUCAAACUCAUCUUUUUUGAUAUCAAAAAAGACUUGUACAAGAUUCUUUAUAUAAUUCUUUGCUAUAAGUAUAGAUUUCACUUUUACUGAACCUGAUUACAUUACGGCGUAGUGAUACAUCAUUGUUAGACAGCAAUUCAACCAUUGCAAAGUCCUUUAUAUUGACCCAGUGUUUCCAUCAAGGCUAAUUAAAUAAAAAUAGUUCAUUUUUAAUAAGAAAGAAGUUACUUUUAAUAAAAAAAAAUAAAGUAGGUCCUUUUGAUUGACCAAACAAAUUCAUGUAAAGCGAUAUCUUCUAAGGAGGUAUCGCAGUAGAUUAUGAAAUUUAUCACACAGGCGAUAUCUACUAUAGAAUAUAUUAUUUGGUGAUAAUUAUAUUAAAACCCAAAACAUAGGUUAUCUACCAUCUAUACCAUUGAUAAAAGUAAAUUAGUUUUUACAUGGCCAUUUGCCAUUCAUUAUGGAAUGUUGGGCCUUUACUGAAUAUAAAUUUUUAAUUCGUCUUUUUUAACAGAGCUUAUGUAUUAAAAAUACAUAUGGAUUUCAAUGUUUAUCUCAUACUUACAUGUAAAUAGAUUUGAUUAUCAAAUUUUAAAAGUCGAUUUAUUUUAAGUUUACUAUAAAAAUAAAUUAAUACCGGUAGUUUUAUUAGUUGUGUGUGGGUGCUAUUUUGUAUAUUAAUGUGUAGGGCAUAUAGCUUAAUAGAGUUUAUAUCAUAAUCAUGCAUUUGUAUAUUUUGUGUGUAUUAUUAUUAUGUGUUCAGUGUUCAUGUUCAUAAACACCAUACAAAUAUGGUUAAUUAACGCAAUCAAUGAUAUUUUAUGUAUUAUUAUGAAUAUUUUAUGAAUAUUUAAUUUUUCACGGGUUGUUUACCUGUACUGAACUAUGUGUAUAAAUGUUAUAUAGUCACAGUAAUAUGAAUAAAUGUACAUCAAAUAAUGAAUAGUAAACAAACCAGUUUGAAUGGACUUGAAAAACUUUUCGAUCAUUUAUGUGAGCACUAUAAUUUGCUUAUGAUAAAAUCAAUGUGAAUUUGUUCUUAAAUAUAUCCAAUAAUCAAAGUCAAGUUAUUAGCACAACUUCUCAAAUUAAAUAAUAAUUGUCAUUUAAAUGAAGACAACAUUUCACUGUCAAUUUUGAAACUACAAUUCUUUUUUUUUCUGAUUUCUUUUUUUAUUAUUAAAUGCUAGGGUUAAUCAGGUUAAUCAGUGAAACAAUGUAUUAACUAACAAAUUAAUCAAAGACGUGAUAGAGCAUGUCAGUAAACAUUAGACGAUGUCUGACAACUGAAACCAUAGAUUGAGGUAAUUAUCUCCGCCAAGUUACCAUUUUGUUCCGUCCGAAUCAAGAAAUCAAGUUUCUGUAUUAACGUUGUAAAUUCCACAGUAAAAGUUUCAUUCACGAAGAUAUACAUCUUAAAAAUGGGGUUUCAAGAUUAUUGACAGGAUUACUGUAGGCCUAUUUGAUUAAAUAAAGAGGAUGAUAAAUACAAGAUAUUGACAUAUUAUAAUAUGCUGAAAUGUAGUUGAUCUUUAUCUGAAAUAUCUUGAAAUCUCAAUAUUUGUUAAUACUCUUUCAAAGUUAGUAAGAGAACUUAUAGCUAAGAUUACUUGAAUCCCUUCAGUGAUUCAUAUUGAAUUAGGAAGGAUGCCUAAGAUAAAUAUAUUUAAUAUUUUGAUUUUGGGUAUUUCCCUGUCAUAAAUAUUCUCUUGUGGAACUUUCAUUGCACACAGAAUAUUUUGCUUUUAAAGUGUGAUCCAUAACCCGAAGAGGAUGCUUUCCAGAAUUACACUAAUCUUAUAUGCCUGGUACCUUCAAAAAUUUGAAGUAACAAUAAUAUAUACUCUUCAAAAAAAACAAAACGCAUAGUGAUAUUUCGUCAUCAGUAUACCUUCGCUCUACCAUUGCCUAGUUGCAACAGGAACCACGACUCUUCACUGAACCAAACUUUUCUCCUGCGUUGCUGUGGUCAUACCCUGUGUGUCUAUACCAAUUGAUGUCGGAUUUGACGGUGUUGGCAUAUUUCAAAACAACCGUCACUCUUGUUUGGCCUGAGCUUGGGUGGUCACUUGUUGAACUUCACUGUCGAUAUCUAUCCCAAAAGCGAGAAAUGGUACUCUGGGAAACAUUCAGCCGUCUGGCUACAUUUGUCUGGGAUUCACCUGCAUGUAACUGACCAAUAGCGUUGUUGCGUUGGUCUUCAUUCAGAUGUGGCAUCACUUGGCUCGUUGAGUGUUUACAUGUGCAACUGAUUUUGAAACCGAGAACCCCAGGAUUUUAAAGGCCUUAAAUUUGGUUUCAUGUGAUAAAGCUUGUGAAGUUGUUAAACUCAUGUGUCUUGGUGCAAUCAAGCGAAAACAAAUUUCGGCAAAAGGUAUGACUGGUCACAAUAAGUGAUAGUACAUUUAAACCAAUAAUGAAUUUCUUCCAUCCUUACAUAAUGACAUUAGAAACAAGUAAGAUUUAUGGAAACAACGAUCUCAUUCAAAUAAAAAAUUGAUGAAAAAUGGGCUGUGCGUUUCUUUUUUUUUGAAGAGUAUAUAUGAUAAUUAUUUAGCUUACACACAGUGCUUAUUGUUGUCAGUUUUAAUGCAUUGUUAUAAAUAAUCAAAUAUUAUUAUACUUGUGUAAUGUUGUAAAUUCUAUUUAAGAGAGGAUGAAAGUGUCAUGUCGGGGUGUAGGCUGGCUUCUAGUCGUGUAAAUAGACAAGCAGUUGCCAUGCAAGAUACGCCCGCAUUUUGCAAUUUUUUUAACAAUCAGGGGACAUAAUCAAGGAGGUUAUGGUCCAAUAUGCGCGAAUAUCAUUUUCAUGUGGAUGUAUAUUGUCGUUGCCCCUGUCCGUCUGGAAGUCUGUCCGUCCACAAUUUGUUUUUAGACACUCUACAGGUCAAAAUUUUUAUCCGAUUUUGACGAAACUUGAAAUAUAAAUUUAUCUCCAAAAGAUCUUGGUUCCUUUCGAUAUUGGUCUGUAUCGGAUCGAUACUCCAUGAAUUAUGGCCCUUGAUUUCACGGAAAAUCACGUUUUUAGCUUGUGUACACUCUAGAGGUCACAAUUUUCAUCCGAUUUCGAUGAAACUUGAAAUGCAUGUUUAUAACCCAAAGAUCUUAGUUGCUUUUGAUAUUUGCACAUAUCGGAAUGCAACUUUCUGAAGUAUAGCCCCUGAUUGAACGAAAAUUCGCAUUUUUAGCUUGUGGUCAAAAUUAUUAUCCGAUUUAAAAAAAAGUCACAUUUUUAGCUUCUGGACCCGCUAAAAGUCACAAUUCGUAUUCAGUUUUAAAAAACGUUUAAAUAUAUCACUGUUACGUAUCCAUGAAGUUUGAAUUUCAUAAAAAUCUGACCAAAAAUGGCUGUGCUUUGUACGCUCAUAGUGUAAAAGUAUGUAAUACCAAGGUAAUAAUUCAUGAAGUUUUAAUCCGAUACCAAUCUGAUUAAAAUACAGAUCGAUAUUUCUUUUCGUUUUUUUAUACGUUCGAUGGCCUACACUACAUGAAGAUCUGACCGGUUGUAGUGGAACGUCGCGUCAGAGGUCAUACGAGUGGCAUCAGACAUUUGAUUUACCAAUCAGCGUAGAUGUUUCUAGUGGGUUACCCACAGGUCUGUGCACCUCACACCAAAAAUCACCAUAACAGAAUGUUUCAUUGGCUGAUCCCUAACAUCAUCCAGAACGCAGGUUAUAUAACAACUCUUCCAGAUCCUAGUGUAGUAAAGACAAGUAAAACGAAAUUUUGAACUAUAAGAAACGAAAUAGGAUCUGUGUUUUAAUCAAAUUGGUCUGAUACAUGCCAAUAUUGAAAAGGACCAGGGUCUUUUGGAAAUAAACCUAUAUUUCAAGUUUCGUCAAAAUCGGAUAAGAACUGUGACCUGUAGAGUGUCCACAAACAAAUUGUGGACGAACAUCCCGACCGACAGGGGCGACGACAAUUUAUGUCCACAUGAAAAUGUGGGAGUAUAAAAAUUUGUAAAUAUUUAUACUGAAAAUACUGACUUUUCCAGUGACUAAUGAUUUGAAUGACAAUCAAUAUAACGUGACCUUAUUUAACAUGUAAGAUAACAAUAAUGUUGGUUGACAUCACCUGUUAUCAAUCAUUAUAAUCUCACUUGAUAGACCACCGACACCUCCUCCCCCCCCCCCCCCAAAUUCCCUUUAAAUAAAUCAUAUAAAGUUGCUGAUUUAUUAUUCCCUCAGAAAAAUGCAUUAUGUAAGAGCUUAAUAUGCCUAUGUCUUCAAAUGUUAUAUAAACUUUAUUUUAGACAAUUAUUCGCAUGUCAAUCAACUCUCUAGAUCAUCGGAUGGCCGAGAUUUUAAAUGGAUUAGAACGCAAGCACGAUGGACAAUCAAGACAUGAAGUACAAUCACUACGAUAAUAAACAAUCUCAGAAUAAAGUAAUUUGAAAGAAA